AUGUCUGCACCCUCCCAUCCCCCCACCAUCGAGGUCAACAACCUCUCUUAUACCUUCCCCGAUUACUCGACCGGAGUUCACAACAUCUCCUUCGCAGUCCCUCCUCGCUCCCGAACGCUGCUCAUCGGUGCCAAUGGUGCGGGGAAAACCACCCUCCUGCGCCUCCUGGCAGGCAAGCGUCUCGCCCCGGGCAACUCAAUCGCCAUUGGGGGGGUCGACCCCUUCAAGGAGGGUCUCGAAGGCGUGACAUACCUCGGCCUCGAAUGGGUCCUCAACCCCAUCGUCCGAACCGAUAUCGGCGUCAACGAGCUCCUGCGCUCCGUGGGCGGCGACGCAUACCCAGACCGAAGAGACGAGCUGGUCGGCAUGCUCGACAUUGACACAAACUGGCGCAUGCACGCCGUCUCCGACGGCGAGCGCCGCCGUGUCCAGCUCGCGAUGGGUCUCCUCCGCCCGUGGACCGUCCUGCUGCUCGACGAGAUCACGGUCGACCUCGACGUCCUCAGCCGAGCCGAGUUUCUGGCCUGGUUGAAGCAGGAGACUGAGAACCGCGAGUGUACAAUCGUCUAUGCGACGCACAUCCUCGACAACCUCGCGGGUUGGCCGACACACCUCGUCCACAUGCACGUCGGCACCAUCAAGGAGUGGGAUACGACCGAGAACAUGCUCAGCACUCUGGAUUCCUCCGCCGCGCCCUCGGGUAACAGCACGCUCGGAGAGUUGGUCCUCGGCUGGCUGCGGAGCGAUCUCAAGGAGCGAGGCCCCAGAAGCCAGGCGCAUCGGGGCCCCGAGGGGAAGACUUACGGCUUCGGCGGUAUAAAGAUUGGCGGUUACGGAGAUGAGUCCAAGCAGAAGGAAGCUUAA